ACUAUCUUUAUUCUCUACUAGAGCUUAAAAUAGAACAGAUAGUGAACCACUAUAAACUUCAAAGGUACAUGCUUGAUUGAUAUCUAUCCAUGAAUGUAAGUGGGUGACUAGGGAAGAGAACCACACAUUAAGGAGAAAAAAAUAUGGCUAGAAAAUGGAAGGCAAAAGAAGGUGGAACCGAAAAGUGCAAAAUGGUCUUGCAUAGAUACAUUUUAGACUUUGUUCAGUUCAUAGCAUAUUUUCAAACUCCACAUGCCAAUUCAUUAAUUUUUUUAUAUGAACAUUAGACAACUAGCAUGCCAACCUCCACAAAAUUACCUAAUACAUGUAUUAUUUUUUCACAUAAUGAAAUUACUUUAGGGAAGUCAAUUAUGCAAGCAUUUAAUUUUUUUACCUUCCUAGUUCUAAUUUUAGUAAUUGUAAGUUUCCCCCCUAGAUAAUUUAAGCUAUAAAAAAGGACUAGAAUCUAAUGUUUAAAUGCAUUUUUGACCUUAGAUGCUUAGACUAAACCAACUUAACAAAUUCCAACUAAAAUGCAAUUAUUUUGAUUCAGUAAAUUCUAUCCAUUCUUUGCCAAUUAAAUGCAAAGAAACUUGAUAGAACUAAAUUUGCAGGCCGCAACUUUAUCACAUUCCUGUUAAUGUUAUCACAUGACAGAAUAAGAAAUAUGAUUUGUGGUUGGGUGGGUGGAAUGAGGAGAGCAAAAAAGAAAGCAAAAAAUAAUGCACAAUAGUCACUACCAAUACACACACAUACCAAUAUAUAUACACAAUACACAUCUCUAAGUACACAUAUCAAUAGCUCAACUCUCUCCAAAGAAACUCAGGUACCAAAACAGCAUUGUUUCAUUCUCAUCUUUCUUUCCUAUGGAUGUGUUAUUGUUAUUACUACCUUUGUUGGUUGCUUUGCCAAGCUUGUCUAUAGUUGAGAGCCGCAAAACACCGGUUGAGGACUACUAUUUUGAGUAUUGUGCUGUGAGCUGCAGAGCUUACAGUGCCUCAGUGACAGAAUUUGGAGCGGCCGGCGAUGGAAAUACUUUGAACACAAAAGCUUUUCAGUCAGCCAUAGAUCAUUUGAGUCAGUACUCAUCAAAUGGUGGUUCUCAACUAUAUGUUCCACCAGGAAGAUGGUUGACUGGUAGCUUCAAUCUCACCAGUCAUUUCACUUUAUUCCUACACAAAGAUGCUGUCAUUCUUGGUUCUCAGGAUGAAAGUGAAUGGCCGGUGAUUGAUCCCUUGCCGUCUUAUGGUAGAGGGAGGGACACUCAGGGUGGAAGGUAUAGCAGUCUAAUUUUUGGAACCAACCUCACUGAUGUUGUCAUAACAGGGAACAAUGGCACACUAGAUGGACAAGGUGAACUGUGGUGGCAAAAGUUUCACAAGGGGAAGCUCACUUAUACUAGGCCUUACCUGAUUGAAAUCAUGUACUCGGAUAAUAUACAGAUAUCCAAUCUUACUUUGGUUAAUUCUCCAUCCUGGAAUGUCCAUCCUGUUUACAGCAGCAACAUUAUUGUUCAAGGCAUCACAAUUCUUGCUCCUGUGAAUUCACCAAAUACAGAUGGGAUCAACCCUGACUCUUGUACGAACACGCGAAUUGAGGACUGUUAUAUAGUGUCUGGGGACGACUGUGUGGCCGUGAAGAGUGGUUGGGAUGAGUAUGGUAUAGCUUAUGGAAUGCCAACUAAGCAGCUGGUAAUAAGAAGACUCACUUGUAUUUCUCCAACCAGUGCUGUGAUUGCUUUAGGGAGCGAAAUGUCUGGUGGGAUUCAAGACGUCAGGGCCGAGGACAUUGUGGCGAUCAAUUCGGAAUCAGGAGUUAGGAUCAAAACUGCUGUUGGAAGAGGAGGAUAUGUCAAGGACAUAUAUGUUAGAAGAAUGACUAUGAAAACCAUGAAAUGGGCAUUUUGGAUGACAGGAGAUUAUGGUUCUCACGCUGAUAACAACUAUGAUCCUAAUGCAAUUCCUGUGGUUCAGAAUAUUAAUUAUCGCGAUAUGGUUGCUGAAAAUGUGACUAUGGCAGCAAAGUUGGAGGGUAUAUCUAAUGCACCAUUUACUGGAAUCUGCAUAUCUAAUGUAACCAUUGGAUUAGCAAAGAAGGCUAAAAAACUUCCAUGGAAUUGCACCUAUAUUGCUGGGGUUUCAAGUGGUGUGACUCCUGCGCCAUGUGGCCUGUUGCCAGACCAAGGAGUUGAGAAAAUUGGGCCAUGCGCCUUCCCAGAAGACAAUUUGCCCAUUGAUGAUGUACAGGUUCAAACGUGUACUUAUAGAAGGAAUUUUUGAUAGUACAGAAGAAAUGGCUCUGUUCAAGUGAACAAUCUAAACAUUGUAAUACUUUCAAAAACUGUUUGUAAACUUUGUACUUUUGUGUUUAAGUCAUUAACCUAUUGGACAAUUAUAAAAACUCUUUAACAAAGGGAAACCCCAACAAUGAAAACAAUAGUAACUGUUUGUUUACACUCAUAACAA